GCCUGCUUUGUGUGCACAAAAUGCAGUAAAACCCUCAAAACUGGAUAUCAGCAGAAGGCUUAUUGUGCGAAAUGCUACGCAGAACUGUUCCUACCCAAAUGUGGGAGGUGCCAAAAGGUGAUAACUGACGUUAAUUGCUAUACCGCCAUGGACAAGCAUUGGCAUGAACAGUGUUUCGCAUGCAGUAAAUGCCAGAAACCGUUUAAAGACGGUCGAUAUUGGGUCAAAGACGAGAAGUUUUUCUGUCAGGUAUACAAUCAUUGA